AUGGCUUCAUCAAACAAACACUGGCCAAGUAUGUUUAAGUCCAAACCUUGCAACCCUCACGACCACCAAUGGCAGCAUGACAUCAAUCCUUCAUCUAUCAUAUCAACUACUUGCCACAGAACCCCUUACACAUCAGUUCCUGGAUGUGACGAGAGAAGUCCGGAACCAAAGCCAAGAUGGAACCCAAAACCUGAUCAAAUUCGCAUAUUGGAGGCAAUCUUCAAUUCUGGAAUGGUAAAUCCACCAAGGGAUGAGAUAAGGAAGAUCAGAGUUCAAUUACAAGAGUAUGGACAAGUUGGGGAUGCCAAUGUCUUUUACUGGUUCCAAAACAGAAAAUCAAGAAGCAAACACAGGCUGAGAAACCUUCAAAACUCAAAACAACAUAGCUCACAACAACAAAAAAUUACCUCUCCAACUACCAAACCAGUGACUGCCAAUCUCGCAGCUCCAUCCUCUUCAUCCUCCUCCUCAGAUAAAUCCUCUCCAAAAGGGUCUAAAAGGACCCUCUCUUUGAGUUCUCCCACUUUUAUUGAUGCUUCCAACUCACCAACCAGUUCGGUUAACAAGACUUACUUUCAAGCACAUAAUGAAUUUGUGCCUGAACCCUUUUUCUUUCACUCUCAACAGACUGGAGGAGGGGGGACUGGGGCUUUUGCUCAAGGCUUUUGCUUCUCUGAGCUAUCAAAUAUGGUUCAUGUUCAAGAUCACACUGUUGGGCCUUGCAGUAGGCUCUUGCUUAGUGAGAUAAUGAAUUCUAGUGCUUCAAAGAAAGUAAAUCAUGAAGAGAAAAACCUAAAGAUGCAGCCGCAGCUUUGUUACACUCCUGUCUCCCCAGUGACUGGUAGCAUAGGUCUCGCUCCUCCUCUUACUCCUUCAACUGACACUAGCACUUUUGCUUUUCAAACUACUAUUAAUCAAAUUCAAGGUUUAGGGCAGUCCGGUGGCUCUACAAUGUUGACGGUGUUUAUCAAUGACGUUGCUUUUGAAGUAACCAUGGGGCCCUUCAAUGUGAGAGAGGCUUUUGGUGAUGAUGUCUUGUUGAUUCAAUCCUCAGGUCAGCCUGUUCUCACCAAUGAGUGCGGUGUCACCCUUCAGUCACUGCAGCAUGGUGCUUUCUACUAUUUGGUACCCUUUUCCAUGAGCGAACAUAUUCUUAAGAAGAAUGGAAAGUGA